UUCAUGGCACAUCGGGCAUGCCGAGAAACCCUCUACCGGUCUGCGUCGACGGCGGGCUCAGGCCGGCCCCGCCGCGCUUGGUCACAAUUCGCGGACGGGGCUGGUUGCGGGGUACUGCUGCACGGAGCGGAUCGCAGCUUCGGCAAUUGCCUCAGCCGCCUCCCACUACGGAGACGGUGCCUACCCAAACGGUGCUCAGCGCGCGGGUAAACAGCCGGCGUCACCUGGUCCACGAGGAGGUCGGCGGGUGCUGCUGGAUGGCGGACAUUGCGAUGCAGCGACAAGCGCUACCUCAUCGUGUCAUGCUACCGCUGCCGUUGCCGCCCCCUACGGAGCAGCUGCCGCUGCCGGAGAUGCACACUGUGCCUACGCUGGCCCCGCUACCUACCUCCUCUCUGAUCGCCACACCACCUCUUUGACUUCCAUACCGCGACACGACACCGUCGUUCUUUCCAGCCGAUUCCUCUUUCUGUGGGCGACUCGGUUGCCAUCCAAUAAUUUGGAUGGCACGGUUUCAUCGUCGUUGAGCGUCGUAGGCAAUACUAACAGCUCCCCCUAUGCGGUCGCUUACCGACAUCCUCAUCUAAAUCGCCCGCUUUUUAUGUGACACUUGACCAAUCAGUUCUGUUUUGAGCUCCUUGUUUCUUAUUAAUUGGUUUAUUCCGCGAUGAUGGUAGAGGAUUUCUGUCUCGCUCUCAGAAUGUUUGUAACGCUCGGAGCGUACCCUGGUGCCCAGUACAGGCCUGCCAUGACAUGCCUUGGAGUCGCGUUACACGAUUGUGAUCGUCUCUUCCGGCUCCCGCUAGGUGAUACUCCGGCAUCCCAACUCCGGCAUCACUCCGGCUGGCCCGACUCCGGCACCAAACUGUCUCACUGCUCCACCUGGCGCGCGGCUCAUAUACGACAUCCUAUCACGGUCUGCGGGCCCCGACACGGCGGGAUGGCACGGUCCCGGCCGCGGGUGCUCAGUCAUUACUCUCAUGACGUCUUAGGAUCGUUGUGUCUUCCGGCCGUGGGUUCUCGUGGUAUGACGCGAGCAACCUGCGAGCUUUGCUGUCGCACAAUUCAUCCAGACGUUCGAUACCGCAUCACGGGUCGCGGGCCCCGCCGCGGCGCGUCGGAAUUGGUCCCGGCCGCGCGCGCUUGGUGUCGCCAGCUGUUACUCUCAGCGUGUCUUACGCGGAGCUCACUACGGCGGAGCCGGUGUAUCCGCUGGCCGUGGGCUCUCCUGGCAGGAGACGUACGGAUCUGCAAUACUUGCUCUUACACAAUCAAUCCAACAGUUCGAUGCCUCAUCACGGGUGGCGAGCCCCGACACGGCGGGACAGAAUAUGGUCCCGGCCGCGGGCGCUCGGUGUCGCCGUCAUUGGCGCUGGUCUUCAUCUGCCUUGCGGCGGUACCUCCGCCGGUGUGGGUCCCUGCUGCAGCUCGGCUCAAGUUCGCACUGACGUCGCCCAGCCCGGACUGCGAACCCCGGCCGCCUGCGCGGCGACAGGUGGGCCGACACGGCGGCCGCCUGGGGGCGGCCGGCCGCGGUCUCACCUGCUCGUCUCUGCCCUGGGCCGGGCGACGGUUCCCCGCCCGUGCGGCCCCGACACGGCGGGCCCCCUGGGGGCCCGGCCGCGGGCUACCGCACGGCAGCGAACGGGCUCGUUGGCGAACUGGACGUCCUUCCGGCUGGCGUCCCCGAUACGGCGGCUGCCCUAAUGGGCGCCGGCCGCGGGGCCGCGCGGACCGUUCUACGUGUUUACAUUUGUUUAUGUAUGACAUUCAGACAAGGCGCUUUGAGUUAAGCUUUUGCCUUUGCGCCUGUCUUAUAUUUUGUACAAGUUCAGCCCGUAUUUUUUUGUUUCAUGAGCUUGGUUAUGAUGAUGAUGAUGAUGACGUGCCGCUAACUCUGCGCCCCUCAUUUCAUCACGUUGGUGUGCAUCGUUCAUGUCAUAUCGCGGCACACGGGCGCCGUUCGUGCUCACUCAAUUCAGGUGUAUGAUGUGGUGGCGACCCUAGUCGCGUGAGCGUACCUCUCUGUCCGGCUGUGCCCCGGGCUCGUGUAUAAUCCAGACACCAGCUGCGUCGGCCCCGACACGGCGGCUACCCUGAGUGCCGGCCGCGGGGCCGUCGUGCCUGCCCUCUGCACCAUGUGCCAUCAUCUCUACCGCCUAUCGCGGUCGCGCGGCGCGGUCUCCCAAUUGUUCGUUGCAUGUUUAAGGCAUAUCGCAGCGCACGGGCGCCGUUAGCACUCACUCAAUCAUGCUGUGUGGUGGACGUGUCUCGUUGUGUGUCGUAUCACUUCGGCUUGUGAGCCGGUUCGCGUAGUUGUUCCGAUGCCCACGUCGGGUGCGUGGUUUUUUUUUUUCUUUUUCGCCCGGCUGUGCCCCACAUUCGUGUAUUUAACAGCAGGCCGCGUCGGCCCCGACACGGCGGCUACCCCGAGUGCCGGCCGCGGGGCCGUCGUACCUGCCCUCCGCGGCGUGUACCGUCACGUUACUACCUCUCCCCGUCGCGCGCCUCGCGGUUCGGUGGGGUGGUUGGGCUGUUCCACCUCUCCAAAAAACGGACAAAAUACAGCCCCGUUACACACUAUGACAAUGUUUUUUGCAAGCGCGAGGGCGGCGACGGAUAAAUGGCAAUUUAUGCGCCAACGGCGUAUAAAGACCUUUAUCGGUCGUCGCCAACUUAAGCGCUUGUCAACCUGCGGCGGCUGAGCCGGCGCGGCGGCGCCGCCGCACCCGCAGUUGACGCAGCGACAGGCGACGCAGAGCCAGCAAAAAAGUCGUUGUUCGCCCGCCGCCACCCCAACGCCUCCUGUGCCUUGUUCGUUUAUCUUGCUUUAGGCGGUGCUAAUGCUGUGUGCUCUCUGUACUGGGCUGUUCCACCUCUCCAAAAAACGGACAAAAUACAGCCCCGUUACACACUA